AUGGAGCGCAUCAGGGAAGGAAAAGUUCGACAACACACGGGAGACAUACUCUUUCCUGUAGACUUCAGCUGCAUUACCUUCAAGAUCUUACUUGGAGAAAUUUUGGAAGGCGUUGUGCACAAAAUCUUGAAGCAUGUAGUCUUCUUGAGAUGCGGUCAAACUGAGAAAAUAUAUCUCUCCCAUCAAAAAAUGGCUGACUAUCAGUACGUGUCCGGGGAAAAUCCCUUUUACAGGAACGAUAAAUCAUCAAAAAUUGAGAAAGGUGUAGUCGUGCGCUUUGUGGUGAUUGGGGAGAAGUACGUUGAGGCUGAGAAGGAUUUCCAGGCAGUUGUGAGCCUUGAGGGCGAUUACCUUGGACCGAUUUCUUAG